AAAAAACGUUCUUCUAAUGAUAACGAAAACCCUACAACUCCAAUACCAUCGACUCUAACGAAAAAUGUGACUCCGCGACUGUCUUUGAAUCACUCUAAUUCGGAGCCUAUUAUUCCGGCACAAAAAGAGUUUUCUUCUCCAACCCCUGUGCAGAAUGACCAAAAAAAUGACGGUCUAUUAGGCGAAAUAUUUAAUGAGUUGAGUUUAGUGGGAACAAAAUCAAGUAAACCAGAUCAGCUUGACAAUCGUCGUCGUCUAUCUUCUCGUUCUUCGACUUCUCGUUCUUCAGGAGGUUUUAGAAAUUUAAUCUCAAAAAAAAAGGAUCUUCACGAUACAAGUUCAUCAACAAGUAACGAUCGAUCUAAUAAUUCUAAUUUAAAAGUAAAAAAACAAUUGGAUAGUGAUGAUUCUGAAACUGAAA